AUGCUAAAAGAUGAUACACUUGUUAAAGCUGCAGAAAAGGUAGAAAAAGAAGAAAUUAUUUCCUUAAAUAAUUUAUCUGAUGCAACAAAGAAACCAUAUAAAGCUAGUAAUUGGUCUGAACUGGAUACAAAAGAACUUGAUAGAAAUCUAAAAGGAUCAGUACCAUCAUCCAGUGGUUCUUGUACAAGUAUUGACCAGAAAAAGCCAUCAUCUUAUCAGACAUUCAGAAAAGAGGUGGUAGAUUCUGAGGAGAGUUCUAACGACUCUCUACCAGACCCCGGUCUUGAUGUAAAGAACUCUUCAACAGCUGGAGGUCAGUAUAGCCACAGCUCCUCAUCACAAACUCAGAAAACUCCAUCACUGCCUUCUCCACUGAAACUGUACAAAAGAAAGUUUACCAGAUCUCCCGGUCUUGUAAAUAAACCGUAUUCUCACUCUGCAGAGAGACUUAAAUCUGGUGUUGAAAGUCAGAGAACCAGAUUUAAUUCAGAACCCUCCCAACCAGUAUUUUCCUUGAAUAAAAUUGUGAGCACAGCAGGAACUUUGAUAAAACCAGCUACGUUCUCCCCAACCAAAUCCACUGAUGGCUCAGUGGCCAGCGGACUUAAAAAAGGAACAGUCAUCAAACCUGCUGUGUUUUCACCCAAUAAGGCCAGCACUUUUUCAUCUUUUGACAUCAAAAAAGCCAACAUCAUCAAGCCAGCAACAUUUUCUCCGAGUAAGAGUAUUCUUCUUGGAUCUGAUGAUGGCAUGGGCAGUAAAGUUGCUACUAACAACAAAAUAACAGUUUCUAUAAACAGUAACAUAUUAAAACCUGCACAUUUUUCGCCAAAAAAUGCAUUGAAUUUGUCAUCAAAUAAUCCAAAAAGUGCAAAGGAUAAGGUGUCUGAAAAUUCAAGAUCUGAACUUGCCACUAAUGCUUUGAAAAUUCUCUCUCCAGUGGGAGGAGUUGCUAUUGCUAAUUAUAAAGUGUCAUCAGUGGCCCCCACCAAGAUAAUAAUAAGUAAAGAGGAUGUUCAGAAAUCCCCAGCCACAAGUUUGACCAAACCACACCCACCAGCUGGUCUAGACAACUGGAAAUAUGUCGAUGUCCAAACCGAUGCUGGAUCAUUGGAAGAUGAACAAACAUAUAGACGCGAGAUUUUAAUCAAGUCUGGAGAGGUCAUGGGAAAGAUUGAAAACGAGAGGAGGAAGUCACUCGGAGGAAUUCAUACACAAAACACAGUGCCUGGAGAACUAAAGAAUAAAAGACGGAGUGCUGUAAAAGAAACAAAAUUGUCCACUGAAGGAACUAGCUCAAAAACUCCAAAGCAAAAUAGCAGACUCACCAGUUGUACAGCAGAUAAAAAGGAUGAUGAAGAUCUACCCAGGAUGAACUUCCUUGUAACGUACAGGAGGCUUAAAGAUGAUAAAGAAACACAGAAUGGUACAGCAGUUACUGACAGUAGAGCAGGCUUACCAGGGGACAAGUCAAAGGUCAAAUCAGUUGAAAGGUCAGAGGGGAAAUCAAAAAUAGCUGAUAGGUCGAAGAAAAAGUCAAGAGAAGGGUCAGAGGGUAAUGACAUCAUCAUUAUGGGAGCACAGAGUGGUAGAGCCACAGAGGUAGACGUAGUAGAUAUCACAAAUAGCUCUCAGUCCUCCGAGGGGUCUCAGACAGGUGUGCCUGUAAUCAAUGUGGAGACCUAUGCUGAAGUUGUGGACAUUACCACUGAACAAAGUACUCCCGAGGUAUUUGAAGUGAAAAUUAAUAAAAACAAACCUAUUUUUGUACCUGAUUCACCACCAGGACUUGUUGCACCUGCUAAAGCAGUAACCCAGGACAGGAUUAAUACCCAUCCUAUGCCAAAAAAUCAGCAACAAGUGACUGUGCGAACACCCACGCAUAUGGAGGCCAGGCGUCACCUGCCAGCAACUGUUCUAAAGACCAGAUUACCAACCGUUUCGAUGGUAACCAGACCAACACCGAUUCCAUUGGUAACUAGACAACCAUCUGUUCCCGUGGCUACCCAAAGAACACCUGUUCCAGUGGUAACUGGACAGCAGCCUGCUACUGUGGUUACCCUACCAGCACCUGUUCCAGUGGUAACUGGAGAGAAACCUGUUCCUGUGGCUACCCUACCAACACCUGUUCCAGUGGUAACUGAACGACCAACUGUUCCUAAAGUAACCAUACAGGCACCAGUUCCAGUGAUUACCAGACCACCACAACCAAACAAUUUACCAUCCCUUCCCACCAUGGAUAUAACUCCUGAAGAAAAGCUGAAUGACAAGGUCAAUGAAGUGCUGCUUAUGUUUCCUGAUGUUGACCCUCAGUAUGUGAAGAACUUGUUACUGGUGCAUAUAGGACCAGAGGCUCUGAACAAUGUUUGUAACUUACUUCUGGAGAACUCCAACUACCCCCGAGUUCAGAAGCCCCCCUCCAGUACUGUGUCUACUGAUCUCUCUCCACCAAAGAGAGGCAGCAAGAAUUUUUAUGAAGAAUUUUCAGAAGUGGUAAAAUCGUUUGAAUACAAAAUUAACUGUGAGCUGCUGUUACAAUCAGAAUUUAAAAUGAUAUCCGUCCGAGAUAUUCGAAUUUUAGCCUCACAUUAUAAUUGGCAUUAUGCUCCUAUGCACAAGGCAUUGUCUCUGAUUGUCAAAAAAGGCUUUGAGGAAAUGCAGAGUGAGGGGAAGAAAUCCUUGUCUCAGGCUGUGAUUGUUGGCAAUAUUCCUGUUGGUUCUGAGGAGAGAACGGUGAAGGUGACAUGUCUUAAAUGUCCCCGAGCUCUGAAGUGUUCCCUGAGCAGCCUGCCACCAGAGUUAACAGAGGAGUACGAGUUUGUCAAAGACAGGCUAAGGGAAGAAGCCAAGGAUGAAGACCUGAAGGUGGCUCAGCAGAUGAACGAGUUUGAGUAUGCUGAGACAGGACAGCUGAUCGAGUGUGGUUGUUGUUAUAUGGAGGUGGCGUUUGACAAUAUGGUACAAUGUUACGAGGGGCACCUGUUCUGUGAGGAUUGUCUGAAGAAUUAUGCCAAUGAAUCAGUGUUUGGUCAUGGAAAGACAUCAUUACUCUGCAUGUCUGAUGGAUGUGAAGCUUCAUUUCCAAAGAGUCAGCUAGACAAAGCCCUGCCAGCCAAUAUCCUGGAUAAAUACAAUGAUCGAGUUCAGGAGGAGAGCAUAAACUUAGCUGCUCUGGACGAUCUUGUGAGAUGUCCACACUGUGAUUUUGCAGCAUUAUUGGAUCCUGGGGAUAAAGUAUUCUCUUGCCAAAACACAUCCUGUAUGAAGGAGACUUGUAGAUACUGUAAAGAAGACUGGAAGGAACAUUUUGGGAAGAGAUGUGAGGAGAUUGAAAAGAAGGAUGAAGUUAGUCUACGAAUUAAAUUUGAGGAGAAGAUGGCCAUGGCUAAAAUUCGAACCUGUCACCGGUGCAAAGCAAAAUUUAUGAAGGAAGAGGGAUGUAACAAAAUGACCUGUAAAUGUGGUGCUUCAAUGUGUUAUGUCUGUCGUAAACCAAAUAUAAGCUACAAACAUUUCUGUCAACAUUUGAGAGAACCAAAGAAACCAUGUGACAAGUGUAAUGAUUGUUUCCUGUGGAGUAAAGCAGAGGAGGAUGAUGAAAGAGCUAUUGCUGAGAUCAGGAAGGAGUGUGAAGUGCUCAGGAUGGAAAAAGGGUUUUCAAUGGAUAAAGUGAUUGGAGCCCCAGAUGAGCCUCCAGCCAAGAAAAUGAAAGUCAAAUGAGAGUCAAUUAACAGAGAGAUAAUAGAGUCUACAAUAGCAACUCGAGCUGUUGCUUUGGAACAUACUCAUGCAGUGUUUGGACAUGUCAUUGCAUUAGGUAGUAGAUGAUGCUCAAAUAAGAUAUAUGCAUUUUUAUUAAAGAUCUGCCCUCUGAAUUCAAAGGGAAAAAAAGGUUCAUCACAUGUUUUUUUUUAUCUCUACUGGUUUGACAAGACAUUUUUUUCUACAAAAACCUGGUUCACUGAACUCCCAUUGCAUUCUUUGCAGUAGCCAAAUCAUCUUUUGAAAUAUGAUCAUGGGUGUCUUUUCAGAAUUUUGAUUUUCACUGUGGGGGCCAAAUGGGGGCUAAUUUUUUUUUUUUAAACAACAACAACCUGACUUCAUGAUCUCUUAUAUUUUUCACAGCAGUCCAGUUAUAUUUUGGAAUAAGUCAGGGAGUGUCCUCAAUAUGUGCAUUUAGGUUUCAGAAUUUUUAUUUUCACACUGGGGGUGAUUGGGGGUCAAAAAGGGACUUUUAUGUAAUAUUAUUGUGGCUUCUUUCCUUGUUACCCAAUACAUACAUUGAGAGGCAAACACCUACGUACAAGUAUUACUGUCUUAUGACAGCAUCUAGUUUUCAUUGUGUUUAAAGAUGGAUUUUGUUUUAUUAAAUGUUGAGAUGAAAAACAGAAGGGCAAGGUGACUAAGGUGAGAACUGUUGCCUAUGAAUCCCUUGUUUUUCUUUUCUAGUCAUGUUGCACUUUACCCAUUCUUUGUUAACUGUGAAUUGGAAUUUUUUUUAUAUUCCCUCCCUUGUUUUGUUGACUAUGUUAUUCACGUUAAACUUGAUCAUACAAAUAAAGUGCCAUUCUUUUGGUGAUAAAAUCUAACUAGAAAACAAGAUUCCUGUGAUUCCCAAAUCUUAUUAUCCAGAGAGUGAUUGGAUAAUGAGCAAAAUCAAUGUUUACUUGCUCGGACUUCAUUACAUUUCUUGAUAUGUUUCUCAAUUGUUGGACAAAGUACAAUUUGGAUUUAGGCACAGAAAAUUCUGUGAGAAUUUUAUGAUUUUUUUUUGAAGAAUUUUUAGAUUUUCAAAAUGUUCUAUGAUAAGAAAAAUAAUUUUAAUGUUCUUUAAAUCUCAGUUUAAAAAAAAAUAAAAGUUGAUGGAAAUUUUUCAGGAUAAAAUUUUGUUAUCUGGUUAUUGGGAAAUUAAUAUAAUUAAGAAAAAUAACAGUAUUUUUUCUAGACAACAUCUGUAAUAAGUGCUUUGAAUAGUUAUAAUAUGCAGUGCUAAAACUUUGCAUAUUUUUUAGGAAUCCUCUCGCAAUUAUAUGUUCACAUAUAGUGUCAUUCAUUUCUGUAUGCUGCAUUUGUUUUCAUACUAAAAUACACAUAUUUGAAUCUGAA